AUGAACAUCUUUCGACUAUUUGGCGAUUUAUCGCAUUUAGCAUCCAUCUUUAUCCUUCUACAAAAGAUUCAAGUUUCAAAAUCAUGUAGAGGUAUCUCAUUCAAAACUCAACUUUUAUACUCAAUCGUUUUCAUUACAAGAUAUUUGGACAUCUUUGCAGAUGCACAUAGAAGUCUUUACAGAUUUUUGAUGAAAUGCUUCUUUAUCGGUUCUUCGAUUUAUGUCUUAUACCUUAUGCGUGUCAAAUAUCGUCCGACACACGAUCCUGCGAUUGAUACGAUUCGUUUGGAGUACCUCUUGGGACCGGCAGGUUUGUUGGCUUUAAUCUUCCAUUAUCGUGAAGCUGGAGCAGGCUUCUUUUCAACAUUACAAGAAAUCUUUUGGGCUUUCUCUAUUUACCUAGAAUCAGUUGCCAUCUUGCCACAAUUAUUCAUGCUACAAAGAACAGGAGAAGCGGAAACGAUUACGACACAUUAUUUGUUCGCUUUAGGAGCUUAUCGUGCAUUGUACAUUCCCAACUGGAUUUACAGAUAUUUCGCUGAAGGUUCCAUCGAUCCAAUCUCAAUCUUGGCCGGAUUGGUUCAAACAGGUCUCUACCUAGACUUCUUCUACAUCUACUUCACAAAAGUCAUGAAAGGAGAAAAGUUCGAAUUGCCCGCAUGA